GGUGCCGGGGAGGGAAGGGGAGGGAGGCGUGCGCUGGUGCGCAGGCGCAGUGGCCGGACGACAGACCGUGUGUUUCCAAAAUGGCGGCAGCGAUGGAUGUGGAUACCCCGAGCGGCACCAACAGCGGCGCGGGCAAGAAGCGCUUUGAAGUGAAAAAGUGGAAUGCAGUAGCCCUCUGGGCCUGGGAUAUUGUGGUUGAUAACUGUGCCAUCUGCAGGAACCACAUUAUGGAUCUUUGCAUAGAAUGUCAAGCUAACCAGGCGUCUGCUACUUCUGAAGAGUGCACUGUUGCAUGGGGAGUCUGUAACCAUGCUUUUCACUUCCACUGCAUCUCUCGCUGGCUCAAAACACGGCAGGUGUGUCCGUUGGACAACAGAGAGUGGGAAUUCCAAAAGUACGGGCACUAGAGAGAGAAUUCUUCCAUCGAGCUCAGCUGUUCUGUUAUUCAUUUAAUGACUUGCCCUCCUGUUACUUAAUUAUAAAUUAGAUAGAACCAUGUCUUUUCUGCUUUGUCUUUUUAGUUUGCUAUUCCCGCAGCCAUAUUGUAUUCUGUGUCAAAUAAAAUCCAGUUGGAUUCUAGAACA